AUGACUGGACGUGGAAAAGGUGGCAAGGGUCUCGGAAAGGGCGGUGCCAAGCGCCACCGCAAGAUUUUGCGUGACAACAUCCAGGGUAUCACCAAGCCCGCUAUCCGCCGUCUCGCGCGUCGUGGUGGUGUCAAGCGUAUCUCUGCCAUGAUCUACGAGGAGACCCGUGGUGUCCUGAAGACCUUCCUCGAGGGUGUCAUCCGUGAUGCCGUUACCUACACUGAGCACGCCAAGAGAAAGACAGUCACUUCCCUCGACGUCGUCUACGCUCUCAAGAGACAAGGCCGUACUCUGUACGGUUUCGGUGGUUAA